AUGGCAGCAAGAAAUAGUAUAAAUGCUAAAGGAGAAGCAGCUCCUCAACCUGUAAAAGUUCAACGUUACUGGCCUGGAAAAGCUCCUGUUAGCGAUAUCUCUACUUCUAAUACUAUAACUACGACAUCAACAAAAGCUGCUGCUACUGAUGCUCAACAAAUAAUUGGUCACUAUGAAGAAGAAGAUUUGGAAGCUCGUAGAGUAAGAAAACAAAAGGCGUUAGAGAAAAGACGUCAAGAAGAAGAAAGACUAAAAGCAUUAGAGGAGGCAGAAAAGGCCAAAGAAAUUAGUUUUAAAGACAAGAAUGAAAAAGAGGAGGAUAGUGAGAGCGAGGAAGAAGAGGCAUCGUCUGAAUAUGAGACUGAUUCAGAAAACGAAGAAGAGUCAUCAAGGAAACUAUUAAAACCAAUAUUUAUUCCAAAGUAUCUUGAAGAAAGAAAAAAAGAAUCGCAUGCUAUGUUAGCUGAACAAAUUCAAAAAGAAUUGCAGAAAGAAUCAGUUGAAAAAGCUACUGCUAUUGAGGAUGUUGAUGAUACUGAUGGUCUUGAUGAACAGGCUGAAUAUGAGGCUUGGAAAUUACGUGAAUUAAAAAGAAUUAAAAGAGACAAAGAAGAAAGAAACUCUCGUGAAAGGGAAAAAAGAGAAAUUGAAGAAAGGCGUAAUAUGAAUGAAAAACAACGUCUAAAAGAAGAUUUAGAACUAGUGAAGAAACAACGCGAAGAAAAAUCAAAAGGGCAUUAUAAGUUUCUUCAAAAAUACUAUCAUAAAGGCGCCUUUUAUUUGAAUAAUGAAGAUGAAAUCUUUAAGAGAGAUUAUACUGAAGCAACACCUGAUGAAGCUGCUCAUAAAGAACUAUUACCGAAAGUCAUGCAAGUUAAAAAUUUUGGUAGAGCAGGUCAAACUAAAUGGACACAUUUGGCAGAUCAAGACACUUCAAAGAAGGAUUCUGCUUGGACACAAAAAUCCGAUAUAAAUAAACGUACUGCAACAAAAUUAGGUGGAUUGCAUGGUGGAUUUGAAAAACCAACAUCUAAAAAGCGCAAAACUUAA